GCCAACCUCACUUCGACUUCCGUUCUACGGCUUCGCUUUCACAGCGAUUCCCUUGGGUCCCGCUCAUGACAAUCAAACCUGCGCUUCUUCUCACAAUGAUCUAGUUCAAGUUUUUUCGCUAAUUUCUCCCUUUUUUGAUUUAAACUUCCGCUCGCUUUCAUGACCCACUUAGCUUCGUCAGCUCCGAGUCUGACCAACCUGCGACUUGAUGGUACUGCCGCCCGUCCUUAAUCGACCCGUCAACUCGAACCUCUUUUUCCCCGUAUAAUCUUCGCCGAGUUCGAUAGAUAUACUACGGACACGAUGCCCAAGCAAUACGUUGUCUGCGGGCGGUUGGUGCCCCGGCUGGGCACGCGCCACAUCUCGCUCCUCCUGGUCGCUCUCGCCCUCUUCUCCAUCUUCAGCCUGCUCUUCACGCUCCCAGCAAGUCCUCUUCCGGCGAGCGCAUCGAGGCUGCAGGAGGCGGCCAAAUUCUCGGUCCCACAGUCGUUCAAGAGCCCCUGGGUGGACAAGCUCAACCCGUUCAAGCAGCCGGCACACCAGCCGCCGCGCCAAAAGAACGACACGGACGGCGAGUCGUGGUGGUACGCCGACUGGAAGUGGCUCACGAUGCCCUUCAGCAGCUCCGUGACCCUCAGCGAGAACCGCGCCGUGCUGCCCGUGCUCAAGCUGCGCACCCCGAUCUACUGCUACUACGACAACACCGUCGACGACAAGGACCACGCGAGUAGGGAUGCCGAGAGCGAUCUGCUGCUGACGUGGCGCCGGGCGUGGUGGGCGCAGGGGUUCAAGCCCAUCAUCCUCAGUCCCGCCGAGGCCAUGAACAAUCCCAUGUACGAGGAAGUGCAGAAGCUGGAGGGCUUGAAGGCAUCCCUCAGAACGGACAUGAUGCGCUGGUUGGCCUGGGAGAACAUGGGCGGCGGCCUGCUCGCGGACCGUCUCCUCUUCCCCAUGGGCGGCCACAACGAUCCGCUGCUUACCUAUCUCCGAAGAGGAGAGUUUCCCAAGCUGACGCGGUGGAAGACGCUGGACGAUGGAAUAUUUGCAGGGCCAAAGGCGGAGGUUAGGGCAGCCAUCAAACUCGUCAUCGCGGCGGCGCCGGGGAUCAAGGACGCCAAGGACUUUCUGGAGGCGGUGCAAUCAGACAGCAAGACCGCCGACCCGUUCGCCGUCGACGGCACCUCGCACUCCCUGGCCUACUACUCGCCGCAAAAGAUCAAAUCCAGUUACUCCAAGGUCGACGAGGCCAUCAAGUCCUCCAAAGCCGCCGGACUGAAAAGCCUCAACCAGCUCAUCACCUCCCACCUGCACAUCACAUGGCAAAACACCUUCUCAGACGGCAUUGCCGUCGUGAAGCCCCUGCCGGAGCAUACCACACACCUCAUCGCGCCCGCCCUCGACCUCGCCUCUCGACUAGCCCACUGCCCCGAGUCCCCCUUACCGGAUAGCUGCCCCCCGAACCGUCCAGACUGCACCCCCUGCGACGACUCCAAACCCAUGAAAAUCACCACCCCAUCCUCCUACUCCAACUCAACGACCCUCUACACCCUCGGGACCGUCCCACACCCCUACACCCUCGCGACCCUAACCUCCCGCCGCAAAAUCCUCGACAUACCCUGGAUCCGACGCAAAUCCCCGCGCGACGCCUGGAUCACCGAACUCACCUCCUCCCUCUUCCCCGACCAACCUCUAAUCUCCUCCGGCCCGCGAAUCCUCCGCUUCAAAGAAGCCGUCGCAUCCGACCGCGCCGCAGACCGCUCACUCUGGCUUCCCGCCGAGCAGAGCCACGUCGAUCUUCCCGAGUCCGACCUGCCCUGGCACUUUGGUUUCGCCCUGCCCGACAGGGCUACCUACGCCGAUGACACCUCACAAUCACCGGAAAAGAAAAAGGAGGAGGAAGAAGGGGAGGAGGAAGAGGAAGAGAUAAUAAUACGCCUAGCCCAAGAGGUAGUCCUAGCCGAGACUUCGACGUUACAAAAGCUCCUCAGCGGCAAAUCCUGGGGGCGCAAAAAGUCUAAAUCAACCUCCGACAAAAAGAAUGAGCUACCACCAAAGGAGCUCGCCGCCCUGCGCGACGCCGUCGAGGCCUGGAACCUGGCCGACACCGAGGCCUGGCGGUUUGCACGGGCUUACCUCGCCCGCGAGACGGUCGAGCGCCGCAAGUGGGAGGAGGAAGAGGCCAAGUUCGCCGGCGGGAUGGGCAGCGAGAGGAGAUCGAGUGAUCAUUCUCAUCACGACCGUGGUCUUGGCGGUGGUUAGAUAGGAGGUGAUACGUCAUGUUUUCACUUGUUUUCAGGGGUUCCUUAUGUAUUGUAUGUACAUACCAUGAUGCGAGUUCUGUGCAUUCGAGAACAAACAAUGGGAUUGGCGGUGACGGCGUUUUGUGUUGGCUUUCUGGUCAUCAUCUUAUUCCCUGCAUAGACGUUCUAGACUCAGCUCAGUGUAGGAAUAGAAUGGCAGAAUGAUACCAUCAUGUCACCGG